CAGUGUCUUUGGAUGAAAAACUGGAAGUGAAGAGACUGGAAACAUCUACCGACCGAUACUCCGAUAACACAAAAGGACCGUAACCCAACAUCUAUGGUCACCACUCCAAAGCUGGCCACAAGAUUGACUGAAGAGUUAAGAUCAUCAACUAGGUGACUGUGGACAUCGGAAGGAGGAUCAAAGAGGCCAUCAACGCCAGACGCCAGGGACCCACCCUCUGAACAGAGGUUAUGACCUGCCUCCCAAAUAAAAGCAUGUGUUGUCAUGUGACCAAGUAAGUUAAUAAAGACGUAUUUGGCUUAAUCUCAUAAAACCACCCUUGAAAGAGGAACAGUUUGCAUUUUAAAGGCAUCUUAUCUGCCCAUCAGCUGUUCCUGCCUGCAGAGAUGUGCUGCCUACAGUAAUGCAAAGUGGCUCUGAUAAGAGUCACGCUGCAGACAUAAUACUCUAACUUAGUCAUCUGCCUGUUUACUACACCAGGUUUACUAAAUGUAAAGAUUUUCUUAUUUGGUGGGCAGAAACUGAUAAAGAGGAGCAGGAAGUGAUGGAAGGUGUGGACAACAGUCAACCAGGAAACAAUGUUUCCUUGUACGGCUUAAAAGUCUGACCAAGCUAUUUGCAUGUCCCUCCUUUGCGCUUACAUGUUUACUGAGUAUGACAGGAUCUGAAUGAGUGCUGCUGCCUGUGUCGCUCUGUCUGUGAGCUCCUGCGCUGGAGGAACUUCAGCUUAUUCACUGCAUCUUUUACAAAGGCUCCUUGCUGCUGGCAUCAGCUUAGCUGCUCAGGACAGUGUAGAACCAGGAAUUAUCUGGGUUACUUCAGUUGCACAGUUUCCUUUCAUGGCAACUGAUGGAGCUGUAGCCAAGAGGGCCAAUCUGGUGGCAUCUAAGCUCCAAUGGGGCCUCAAGGACCUACCUGAGUCCAAUACAGGUCACGACCAGGAAGCUCAAGGGAGUUCGAGCCAGAACAAUGUCAGGAAAUGGCUCACCACCACUGUCACUGAGGAAGAUGCAAAGUGUGAGCCACUGACGGAGGCUACAGAGCUUGUAAGGAGGAACCCCAGCAGUGAUGAUGACUUGGCUCUGGGUGUAGAAGCGUCUUUAUAUGGUAAACAGGGAGUGAGGACGGUUCAGCAGUUUCUGCGGUGGAGCAGAUCAAGUUCAGCUCUCAGCAGGUGGAACAGCUUCAGCUCGGCGACUUCAGGUCACUCUGGACCACUCAGUGUGAUGGAAGUACUCAACCUGUGGAAUGAUGAUCCGGAGGAGGUCCUCUUGGACCUGGGCUUCGGCUGUGACGAACCUGACCUAUCUGGACGCAUCCCGGCUCGUUUCAUCAAUUAUCAGUCUCAGGCCAGAGGAAUAAACUUGCAGGUGUUUUUGGAGGCCCAGAAGAACCGGAUAGACCUGGAGAACCCAGAUGUCAGCAAUCGUUUUAGACAACUUGAGGUUCUCCAGCAGGUAACUACAGCGUUCUCCUCCUUGGUGGGGUCUUCCUCUUCCUCUGCUCUUAGAGCAGCACAGGGAAAAGACCUCCCUCCUGAGGCCCAGGAGAGGAGGCGGCGAAUGGGCAUGCUGUUUAGACGAGCAUCAAAGAAGUCACUCAGCCAAGUUCACAACUAUAAAUCCCAGGACCUAACCACACCUAAUGCAACCUCCUCUCCCUGUGCUGCGUCUGAGUCAUCCCAACCUCCACCUUACCUUGGAGACAAGAAAAUCCCCUUAAAAAGAUUCAAACCUGGACUUCUGGAGACUGCAUGUCUGAGUCCUCUGGCAGAGGAGCAAGGGACUGGUCCAGAGCCUCAGUCCCAGCCCCACAUGGUUUUUUUCACUGGCCAGGAGGGACCACUCAGAUCUGGGCCACUGAGGGAAGGUCAUCCCUUGACAGCCAACGCUUCUGCAGAGAGGAAGAAGAGCCCAGGGCAGGCCAGUGAAUCAUUUGAAAUGGAAGAGAUCCACAGUUUUGAUGACAGUAGUGUCACAGGGAGCUAUACGGGAGGAGCAGAAAAUCUAGUGCGAGGUGUAAUACGGACCAACAGCUGCCAGUCAGACAGCAGUGGAUUUCUAGAAGAGCCCUUCAUCCUGUCUCUCCCGCAACAGACCUCACCAGGACCUGAUCUCAUUAAGGCUCUGUCAGAGUUAUCAGGAGGGAGCACAGAAAGCCAGAGCGGUGAUAGGCAAGGCUCUCCCUCUUCUUCUUCCCCACAUAACACCUCAUCUCACCUCAUCUCUUCAUCUCUGAUCUCCUCCGGUGUUGACAAUUCUCUCCUUUCCUCACCCUGUGCUUCACCAGAGCCCUCAUUAGUCUUGAACUCUUCCCCACCAUUGUGUCUCCCAAAACAUGACCUGCAAAGUUCAGAUAUGGAGACACCACUAAAUCAGGAUCAGUGCGCGCCUGCUUCGUUGUCUGAAUCAGUGUUUGAGUACGAUCCUCCUCGUUCUUCCUCACCCAAGCCACAGAACGAAACUCUCCCCCAAUCUCCAACUCGUUCCCGCUCCCCUACGUCUUCCCCAGCGCAAGCUUCUUCAUUGCUAAGAGAAUCAGAGGACAUUAAACCUGACAACAAAGAUCGUCCAUGCCCCCACCUCUCUACUCCUCCUCAUGACUCUGAAGGCACAGCAUUCUCUACCUUUUCAAGCGUCCCUCCGUCUCCUGCUCCAAGUUUGGAUUGUCUGUUUUCUGACCUGAUUGCUAUAAAUUCUACACAGCCUGACUUCUCCUUUGAGAGUCCAGGGAACACAUUGCCAGAAAGGACAGAAGUGGCUUUGCAUGAAAACUCCCUCUCUGGGUCUGGUAUCUUAUCACCUCUGCUUCCUUCUUCCCCCUAUUUACCUCCCUUUGGCCCUGAUUUUCUUUGUCCAUGCUCUUUUGACUCUGCCCCACUAAUUGACUCUCUCUCACAAAGUCCAGAAAACAAUCAAAAGGAUUCUGUUUUCUCAGACUCAGAUGGAAUAGACCUCUCUGAAACACCCACCGAUACACUAAAGGAAAAGGAUGAAACACCCUCUUCGCUCUCCUUUCAGCUGGACAAGGAUAAUCCCUCAAUUCCAUCCCCUCUUGUUCUGGACUCCUGUAAAUUUGAGGAGGGUUGCUCCACUCUGCCCUGCCUUGCUCUUGACCCUUCCAUUCCAGCUUGUCAGUCUGCCUUGUCCUCACAAUCACAUGAUCCAGAUGACCUGAUAGGUCCAGCUGCUGGAAAAAUUUCAGACCUGACAGAGCAAUCCAUCUCCCAUGAGGGCCAGUCAUGUUCUCAUGAAGAAAACACAGAUACUACUCCAGCCUCUGCUGUCCAAGAUGUUAUUCAUAUUAAGACAGAUCACCUCGCUUUGGACAUAGAGGAUACCCAUCAGAGGAAUGAGAGGGGAGAGGAUGAGAGACAGACUGACACUGUGCAGACUGGAGAUACUGUUGUUUACAUCUCAGAUACAGAGAGUUCUGCAGAUCUGUUGGAAGGCUCUAGAUUAACCUCUGAAGAGGUAUGUAACCAAAUGGAAGUAGAUCCACAGGUCCCCUCCUGUAGUCUGCAUGAUGAGCCCUCAACUGAAAUCAAACAAGAAGAGUUAAGAAAAACCUGUCAAAGGGACAUCAAUGGCACAAAAAAUGACUCAGUUUUACAUGAAGUUCCAGAGGUAGACAGUAAGAUGGAAGUUGGAGCAAAGAAGCUAAUCAAGAUUGAGAGCUUAGAUCAAGUAUUUGAAACGUCAGUGGAUGGCUCGGAGGGUGAAUAUGGAGAUGUGGAUGCCUUUUUUCAGCAACUUGAUUCUGAGGGGCAAGUCUAUUGGGCAGAACCCAUCCAGGUUUCCAGUCCGGCCCAUGCUGGAUUUGAAUCCGACAGCUUUGAAGCCUCAGAUGGAUCUCCUGGGGAUUCAGUUUCAUCCAUGGGCAAAGCUACAUCUUUAUGUUUGUCAUCCUCAGCAACAAUGGACACUGACCAGAGCUCAGGAAAUCCAAGUGCUUCCUUAGAUACACCCUCCUCCUUGGCUCUAGCUUCAUUCCAAUCUCCGCCCGGGACCCCAGACCUCAAGCCAUCAAGCCGCUCAGUUUCUGUUCAGAUGUCUUCGUCUUUGUCCUCUCAUAUUGUUCACAGGAAGGAUGUUCCCUAUAUGACUGACUCAAAACGCACCCCUCUCCCUAGUGUUCCCCCCUUGGACACUUCGACCCCCUUCCGUGCUGUUCAGGCAUGGACAGAUGUACAGAUUCAGAGAAAUGCUCUCAUCAACAAGUUUUCACAUGGGGCUCUUCAUGCUAACCCAAAUGAACUGACCAUGUCCGUGGGUGCCUCUGAAAUGACACAAAGACCGACACUGAUCUUCUCUUCAUCCCCAUCUUUCCCACUGCUGUCUAAUGACCCUGGGGUGGCUAGAAACUACCAGACUUUGUCAGUCUCUGUGGACACAGGACUGUGGCCUGAUAUGGAGGAGGAGGUGGACAGGAAUGGAAAUGAAGAUGAGAAGUUUUGGGAGGGCAAUCACGCAGCCAACAUGGCAUGCUGCUGCUCUUGUGACCAUCAGUGUACCUGCUGCACUCAAAAGAGUUGCAACAAACAACACACACUGGGAAACAUUACUUACUCUUUGGGUGAUUUGGAGGAGAUGAUGCUGUGUCUGCAACAGUUUUGCUCUGUGCUCAGCAACAUGGAGGAACAGCUGUCUGAAGACCAGGCUUCAGUUUAUAGUGCUCUCUCUGAGCAGGACAGGGAGAAGGUUCGGGACAUAGAGGAGCUGAGGCGAGCAGUGAAACAGGAGGCUCAAGAGCUGGAGAUGCAGUUGAAUGACCUGGCCCAUCACUAUGACGACAGCUUGAAAAUGAAGAUGCACAGACUGUUGGAUGAGCAGUCUCUGCUGUGCUCUCAGCUCAGAGUCUUUCUACCUGGAGCAGUGCCCACAUCAUCAAGCCCCACCCCCAACAGGACAGUAGCCACUCAGUGCUGUUUGCUGCCCUGGAGUGCCCCAGCUGACAUGCAGGGUGACCACGUCUCCUCUUGGAGCGCCUGGAACGUGGACUCACCCAAUCAGUCACCACAUGGAUCAGAGAGCAUCUGCCAGGGCCUGGGCUGUUCCCCCACUAAGGCAGACAAGCUGGACAUAGUGGGCCUCCUCCAGAAAUUGAAGGAGUCUUUACGUCAUUCUGUGAACACAGACUCUUUGGAGUAAAAGGUGUCGGGAGCACAGCACGAGACUGCAUCUGAGUGUCUUUCUUCCAUUUGUGAAAGGGAUAUGCCUUAUGUCUUCAGAUUUACAGGUUUACCAUUUAGUAGGUAUUCAUCACAUUACAUUUUGUGAUAAAUGUGUCACAUCUGUUUCACACCUAAAACAAAAGCAGACUAGGCUGUUUGUCAGUAAUUAUCGCUUGAUGAAAAGGUGAAAUAUGUCAAUAUAGAUGUAAGUAUGAGUUGUUAAAUUAAGAUAUUAUUACACGCUAGGCCUCUGCUCAGCGAAUGGGCAGUGCUUCAUAUGAAUAAUACCACUGCAAUAAACCUUUGAACUGUGAAAUAUGUUUAUGUUGUUUGUUCUCUGUGAGUCUUUGUUUUAAUUUCUAACACAUCAAGGCUGUCGUGCAGCAGAGGAGGCUGGGAACAAUGGCUCCGACGAAGUACAGCACACACUUCAAAGUGAAGCACGGUGUAUCAAUUACCAGAGAACAGUCCCUCAUCAAGACAUCAAAAGGCAUUGGUUUGUUUGGAGCAUCAGAAGGGGUUUAUUUGUAGGAGAUGGCUUAUAUAACUUGCCUGCUAUAGGGGGGGGGGGACAUAAGCAGAAAAGAAUCUGUUGCUCCUGUUCACCUCCACACACAAUGUCCUCCAUAUUAAUUGUGCUCAAUGGGCCUUUAAUUAAAAUCUCUUUCCUGAGAGGGAGGGGUAGUGUUUAUUUAACUGAAUGGACUGUUUCCUUUAGAAUAUACAACAAAUCAUAUAUUUCAUUUUGCUUGCAGAUGAUAUUCAGUUAUUCAUGUACAGUAUUUUAACCCUUAAAACUUGACAAAAUUUGAUAAAAUUGGCAUUUUAUAAUGCCACUAAAAAUUUUGCAUUCAGAUCAGAAAAAAAUCUAUUGAUAUUCAGCAGCUCUUCUAGUAGCUCUCCAGCCUGUAGUGGAGGAGAUGGUGGUGGUAGUGGAGGUG